AUUUGCUCGCAACAAUGGGCGAUUCGAAACAUCCGCUUUCCUCAGCCCGUCAACGUUGGCGAAAGGAGCGAAAUGUCGUCUGAACUGAUUCAGGUUCCGUUCAACUUCACGGAGGACAUCCGCACGAUGCCUCGCGGUCCGUCCUUAGACCGUUACUUCACCACUCGCAUGACAUACGCCAGUGAGGCGCCGCAGUACCGCACCAGCCUGGAACUGAGACCCAAGUUUGUGGCCACAGACUUCUGCACCACUCUGGUCCUGGACGCGGAGCUCAUGGAACCCACGGCUUACCUAGAGGAAAUGAGGAUCGCUCCUCGAACUGUCCCCGUCCGCCAUGGAGAGACCGUGUUCUCCUUCGCCAAGGAAGCCAGCACGGUGUACAAGAGCACCGUCGUCUACGACACCAGGGCGGCGGACUACUGGUACACGAGCGGAGUUGACUUCAUUCCGGUCGGAUUGGCUCACUGCGGCUCGGAAGGAAGCGAUGAUGGCUCUGGCUCUAGCCUCACCGGCAGUGAGGAAUCGCCAGUCCUCGACGAAGGAGACGGGGCAGCCGAUUACGGCGAAGACGACUCACCUUCGACUAGGAUGUGAUAUGGAGGAGAUCAUUGCUUUAUGAUUGCCUUUUGUUGCUUCGCUGGUGCAGUAUUUCAGGGCGGCAGAAAUUUGCACAACUCAGCCUCUCGUCUUCUUGCUGACCCUUUCUCCGCAAUGGGACCCCUUGAAAGUUUUGCCGCUUUUAGAAUUAUUUUUUUUUCUAAGGUAGAAAGGAGCACAUACGUGCCUUUCCAUCGUCUCAUGUACAGUCGGCAGCAAAAGGUUUGCGGGCCACUGGAGCGCCAGUCGAAAUGACUGGCUGCUACUCUCAUGACUUGCGUUUUGCUCAUGCGCUUCCUAUCGUGUUCGCAGACUUUUUUUUUUUUUUUUUCGCUCGCUCCGCUGUUUUUGUUUGAUGCGCAUGAGCUAACAGGGACUGGCGCUUAAGUUGUCUUGUGCGCGUCGGACGGAAGCGAGUAAAAAAGACACGACUGCGAACACCAGCGCAUUCUCGAACCGCGAGUCUUGAGAGCGGCUGCACGCCGUCAGAAGGCGCCGCCAGUCAUUUCAGCUGCCGCUCUCGUGCCCCGCGAACUUUUGCUGCCGACAGCUUUCUUGGUGAAGAGCGCAGUGGAUAAGAAAAUGGUCAAAUGCGCUGUAAUACGGCAACAGUGCCGGAGAGCUGAUAUAACAUAAAUAAUUGGCAGGGCUGGUGAGACAGCGAGAACAAAUGUAAUAAGACAUCGGGAACAAUGUAUUCUUUUGUUCCUAACUUUGGCCUUUUUUAUAGUCUGGCUUGGUUUGCAUAUUUUUAACCUCGAGUUCAUUUAUGUCAGGCGACACAUACCUGUUUUCCGAGCCGUCAAGUCUUCCCCACACUCGGAGGCAAUGCCUUCUCGUUGUUUCGGCUGGGCGUGUUUCAACUUGGUUUUCAUCCUAAUAUAUGAACUCGCUGAUUCCAUUUUACGUUGAGUGAUAUUAUACAAUGAAAAUAAAGCGCGAAAAUAUAGAUGGAACAAAUGAGCCUAUAUGUUCAAGUUCAUAUUAGGUCCCUUACCAGCGAUAAGACCAUGUGCCAUACUGAGACAUCUGCGACAUUUAGACUACAUAUACCUGCAUUUGUUGUACUUUCUUUACAGCUUUGCAAAAAAUCUACGCGCCGCAACACGCGAUGAGCACUCACUGGUGAGCAUGUUAAAACUAUGCAAAACGAAAUGCUUUUUUUUAAAUUUAUUUACGGAGGGCCAAGGCAGUUUGUGCUGUACCACUUUUUCGAGAUCCUUAAUUGCACAACGUUUUGGGUUGUUAAGUUUGAUUUGCAUUCCACCUUAACCGAAUAACAAAGUUGUUACGUUAAGCACUGUUUAUAUUGUUUUUAUUGUUACGUUGAUGGCUAAUAAACAGUUUGUAAAAAUGUA